AAAAAGCCCUGAAAGCUAACACCAGGUAGCCCAUUUCUUCUAUACACUUAACUUCAUUCCUAAGCAAAAGAAUUUAGAGAAAAUGCUUGCAUAAAUUAGACUUGUACUGUGAAUUUUAGUAUUCCCACUUUGCAGGUGAAGAGUGGGAAAAGAAGGGAUGGAAAAUAAUUUUCUUUAACAGGUAUCAAUAUUGCUUGCAAACCUAAAUAAUUCUUCCCCUAUCAAAAAAAAAAAAAAAAAAUCAUUAAUUUCUAGCUCUUACUUUGUGUUUAAAAAUUUUGGUGCUAGCCUGAAACUGCUGUACCCUCACUCACCUAACAGACAGAUCUCAUUUCUUCUUUGAUGUCAUCCAUGCCAAUCACGCUUAUUCACGUUUAUACACUGUUUUCCCUCUAGAAUACAUCACUAAUUUAAACAGGCAAGACUAAUCAGAAGCUUCAAGAACUUUUAUUUCCUGGUAGCAUCUUGAUAUUAAUAAGUAUAAUAUAACGAUCACACACGGCUACUCUUCUUCAGAUAUCCUCCAUCCUAAUUUCUACAUGCAUCACUCGGUGAAAUCAGGCUCUCCCUUUUACAACAUAGAGAGCUAGUUAGACUUUAUCUAAAAAAUAUCUUGUAUUUUGCUUACAGUAUCCUUGAUACUUUGCUAAUGAGUUCUGUAAUAUGCCCAAGGAUUCAUAAGGCACACUUGUGUAGUGGAAAUACUAAGUCACAGCCCAAACCAGUGAUUGAGCACCUGGUGGAAGGCAGGGCCAACCAGGGGAGCUCAGCUGUAUGCAGUGCCCCUGAGAGAGCAGAAGGAUUGGAGCCAGAAUCCAGCCCUUCCCAGAUCUCAUAUAAGGGUGGGCAGUGGAGGUGACAGCAUCUCUUGCUGGAGAUCCUUGUCUACCUAAGGCCCUCCAAAGAAUUGAACCUGCAGUUCUGCAUUGAACAGACCACGCUGGGCCCGCGGCCGCACAGCGAUGCACUGAAAUGAACUCAGCAAGCACGAGCGCUCGCAUGAAGAUGCACCUACAGAAAAUACCUCAACUUGUACGAGCCUGGCAGGAACGGCACAGGCGAAAACAGUUUUAAUUACUUCCACGCAGCGUUUUGCAUGAGCUCGAUUAGCCCAGUGCAACGUCUGAAAUGAGGGUGGAACGCGCGUGUGCGUACAGAGCGGGCAGCAAAAGCGCUCACGAACAGGUGGAACAACACGCAGGCAGGAAACCGAGAAUCGCAGCGGGUGCCGCCGAGGGAAGAGGCACCGCUUCCUCACGGGCUCUGCCCUCGAGGCUCUCAGAGCUGCCUCUGGGGACUAAGCGGGCACUGCCGGCCUCCGAACUCACCCGGCCCCCGCACGCUGUCGCUCAGCCCAUUUACGCUUCGGAGAACCGCGUUCGCCGCCCCCGCUCGCCGCAACCUGCCGGCCCGCCGCUCCGGCUCCCAGGGCGGCGCGUGGUUGCUUGCCUUGUGGCCGCGAGGCAGCCGGGCUCGGGACGGCCACGAACGGCCGGGGGGUUUCGGCUGCCCUCGGCAGCGGUGGGACUGAGCCCCAGAGACCCUCAGCACCAGGGUUUUGCCAUGCACCGCCCUCCCCGAGCCAUCGCUGAGGGAAACAACGGGACUCUGGGAACCGUAGAUUCACAGGAGGAGGAAACGCAGGGAGCCGGGGACUUGAGGGGCGCGUUGCUGAGAGGAGCGCGCCGCACGCGCCCGCCCCGCCCGCACGCCCCUCGCGCGCGCCCCUCGCACCCGCCCCGCCCGCGCGCCGCUCUGCCCGCGAGGGAGCAGAAGCUCCCGGGCGGCAGCCGGCACCCUCCCGCCCCCACGCUCCCUCCCCGCCCCCCCCCGCUCCAACUGUCACGUGCUCCGGGUGCCGCAAAGCAACGCCGCUUUUGCGACAGGGUGACAGCCAAAUGGUGCGACAUCCGCGGCGGCCGCAGGAGCAGCAGCCGCGGCGGCCGAGCGCUGCCAGGGCCGAGCGCCACGACAGGGCGGGGGAGCGCACGGCGGCACCGCACCGCACCGCGGCCCAGCGCGCGGCGCGACCCCCAUGAGCGGUAG